UCCAACAAUGGCGGCAGCUACUUAGUUGGAACAAGAUCCUGACCCAAAUGGGAUUGAGCCUGUUGCCAGCAACAAUUGGAGGAGGAUCAUACAAAGCCCCUGUACCCAGCCAGGCUAUUAAAGACAGCUACCACUUUCGCCACCUUCUAAGCCGCUUCGCUGCCCAUGUGACUACAGGUGAAGAACUUAGCCAGCACGAGGAGCGAUAUCUGAAAAAGCUGGGCAGUGACUGCAACAUCUACUUGCAGAUGAAAGCCCAUGACUCCUCCCACUACAGACAAGUGUUGGCCACACUCACGAAUAUAUUAAUGACAUCAGGCCUGCCAGAAGUGAGUGACAGCUGCCCUGUGAACAGUCCCAAAGACCAUCUCCUCCUUGCUCUGGGGACAGAGGUUUAUAAGGUUUGCCCAGAUCCCGAUGCUCUCCUGCCCUACCUCAUCAAGGACAACCCAAUGAUGCCUGUUGUCUAUAACCACCGGAUCAAGUUUGAUGUUAAUACAGCAGAUAUGGAAGAGUGGAUCAGCACAGGCCUCUACCUCUCUCCUGGUAUGAAGACCUAUAUGUCCAUACCACCUCAGAUUGUCAACAAGGAUUGGAUGAUUCAGAUAGGGUGCCAAACUGAUUCUCUGCACCACAAUGAGGAGCUGAAGAGACCACCGACUGUCCAUGAGCGAUUUCCUGUCACCUCAGAGAUGAUACAGGUUUGGAACCUGUGGGGAGGACUCAUCUACCUGGUGGCCCCACCCAAAACACAAGAGAAGGGGUUGUUGGUCACAGUGCAGAUGGCUGUACCUGCUCCAUAUUAUAAGUCUGGUGUAACAACUGCAGCUGAGUGGUCGUUGCUGCGCACGGCUCCUUCACCCUGGGCAGAGUUGGAGUUUGAAAACAUCAUCCUCACCGUACCGUCAGAUGCUGUUCGGGAUCUGGAGCGCCCUGACCAGCUAGCCGCUCUGUGGGAUGAAAUGAUGAGGGCCAUUGCAGAUCUGGCUGCCAAACCACACAAAUUUCCCCGCAAGGAGCGCUUUGUGGCAGAUGUGCAGAUUUCUCACGGCUGGAUGCAUGCAGGUUAUCCUAUCAUGGCACACAAAAUGACAGCUCAGGAGCUGGUUGGUGUUAAAAAAGGUAGUCCCUUGUGGGGCCCCAUCCAUGAACUGGGACACAACCAACAGAGAGCUUGCUGGGAGUUCCCACCAAACACCACAGAGUGUACAUGCAACCUGUGGUCAGUGUAUGUGAAUGAAGAGGUGCUGGGCAUCCACAGGGAGAAGACUGAAGAUGCCAUGACUUCAGCAAACCGACAAAGUCGAAUAAAUGACUAUGUUGCAGGAGGCAGGACGCUUGACAAGUGGGGCUUUUUUGUUGCUCUGGAAACAUAUAUGCAGCUCCAGGAAAGGUUUGGCUGGGAUGCCUUCAAGAAGGUGUUUGCUGCGUAUCAUCACAUGAGUGACUUCCCCGGUGACAACAAAGGAAAGAUGAACCUGUACGUUGAGACAUUCUCCCAGACUGUGGGGAUGGACCUGACUGGCUUCUUUAAGGCCUGGGGCUGGCUAAUAGAAACAGCCACUGAGGAGAAGCUCUCCGCACUGCCUCCCUGGAAUGAUCACCCCAUGACCCAGUAUGACUAAACCGCAGACCACUGCAGUGUGCAGAGAAAUGGCUUCAACUACUAUCAUAAGUUGAAGUGAAUGAUGGGCAACACGGUGAACGGAUUUGGUGUUUGGUGUUCUGUUUUAACAACAUUUAUGAGAGUAUCUGAAUAGAAAAACAGAAAUGAUGUACUGAGGGUCCAGGUAUUAAAUUUAGGUUGAAUUUUUCUUUCUUUGAUUGUGAUGUUCCUGUAGAGGGGAAGUACAGUAGGCUUUCACUUACUGCCAGGUAGACUAGACUUUCGAUGGUAUAAGGAGUGGGAUCUUUGCCUUUAUUUUAUAGCAGAAAAUAUGACCUGUAAUACAUGUUCUGUUCUGAAAUCAAGGCAUUACACUACUAUAGCAUACAUUGCAAUCAUUUGUCUUCCACUGUGCUCUAUAAAGAAAAAAAUGCAUUAA